UAUAUAUUUUUUUAGAAACGGCAACGUCAUAUUAAGCUCUUUGUUUGAUCGUGUUAUUGCCUGAGAUAUUUUCCAAGAGAACGCCAUCUGAUGAUGACUUAAAUGCCCUUGUAUAGCUAAUUUAGCUUGUGCUAACCACAAGCUAACCGAUUCCGCUUCUGUGGUGAUUUGGACUGUCCAGACUGGGUUCUUGCAGAGAUAAGCACGCUGGCUAAAUUGUCCAGCGUGAAGAUGAAACUGCUCUGUGUUCAAGUGUUGAAAGAUCUUUUAGAGGAUGGCAUUGACUAUGAUAAAGUUGAAAAGUUGACAACGGAUGCAAAAUUUGAGAUGGGAGACAUCAAAGCCAGUAUUGCUGUGCUUAGUUUCAUUCUCACCAGCGCUGCAAAGCAUGACGUGGAUAGUGAAUCUCUAUCAAGCGAGCUUCAGCAGUUAGGCUUACCUAAAGAACACACCACAGGCUUAUGCAAAUCCUAUGAAGACAAGCACACAGCCCUUCAGGAUAAACUAAGGGAAAGCAGUUUGCGACUGGGUCGUCUGGAGUCUGUGUCCUGGCGGGUUGACUACACGCUGAGCUCCAGUGAGCUGAAAGAGGUGAACGAGCCAUCGGUGCAGCUCCGACUACAGGCCCAGGAGCCAGAGUCGGGCUCCACACAGACCACCGUGGUGGCUAUCACAGCAGACAAGUUCAGAGUACUCCUGACAGAACUCAAACAAGCCCAGGCCAUGAUGAAUGCCCUACAGUGACCCACUGAAUGAAUGUAGCACUAUUGUAUCAUUCACGUAUUUCAUUGAUCAACGGAGAAUACCCCACAGCACUGCCAUGCAGUUUUGUACAGAAGUGUAUACCACCUUUGGCCUUGUGUGUGUUGUGGUCUGUUAUAGAUUAUAUAUUUGCUUUUUCACAUUCCUUGAGGGCCUGUGCCUUUUUCAUUGCAUUACCUAUUCCAUGAUGAAUAUCUUUGCCUCAAGCACAUAAUGUUUUAUAUGUUGAAUGCUCACUUCAUGUACAGUAUUAAAUUGAUUCAUUUGA